CUUCUCUCUCUUGGAGUGAUCCAGCAUCUCCUAUAUGCUAUGGGCAACAGAGAACACACUGAUGCCCAAAAACAAGCCAGCCUUGCCUUGGAGCACUUUGUCCGCUCAUUCCCAGUUAUAGAGGAACAUGUGCAGAGAGUCAUGGGCAGUAGGCUGUUUGCAGCCUUUAUGCACAAAGCUGAGACUUUGUACAUGAAUCUGGACGAAGCACAAGCAGAAAUCCUGCUAACUAACAAAGUUAACAUCUCUGAAGUUUUGGAUGGUGACAACUCCGAAGGCUGACCAGAGGAACACUU